AACGAAAAUUAUUAAACAUAAAAUAUUUUUGGUAGCAUCCGGACUAAAGGCUUCAAACUGGGUAACGACAUGUCGACAUCUGCAAUGGAAAAACAUCUUUUUAAUUUGAAGUUCGCUGUGAAAGAUCUAGAGCGCAAUUCGAAAAAGUGCGAAAAAGAAGAAAAGCUAGAAAAGGCAAAGGCUAAAAAAGCCAUACAAAAGGGUAAUAUGGAUGUCGCUCGCAUUCAUGCUGAAAAUGCUAUAAGACAAAAGAAUCAGGCCGUAAAUUACCUGAGGAUGAGCGCUCGCGUAGAUGCUGUUGCCAGUCGCGUGCAAUCUGCGUUGACAACACGCAAAGUUACUAGCUCAAUGGCUGGCGUAGUUAAGGCCAUGGAUGCUGCCAUGAAAGGCAUGAAUCUAGAAAAAAUUUCGUCACUUAUGGAAAAGUUCGAAUCACAAUUUGAAGACUUGGAUGUACAAAGCUCAGUAAUGGAGGGGACUAUGUCCGAUACUGUGACUACGUCGGUGCCACAAGGAGAUGUUGAUAAUUUAUUGCAGCAAGUUGCUGACGAAGCAGGUCUCGAUCUUAAUAUGGAGCUGCCCAGCGGUGUGCAAAGUUCUACCAUUGGUGCCUCCACUCAAAUCUCACAAGAACAGGAUGAGUUAACACAGCGCCUUGCACGUUUGCGACAAGCUGAGUAGCUUCGGAUUUCAAAACACUU